UCCAGCGAUACCGGCAUGAUUUUUCGCCUCAAGUACAUUUUUGACGGUCGGCAUACUUCGUUCCGACGAGAUGGUCGCUUUCCUCGCACAUCUAAAUAGCUAAAGCGUCUGGAAACGCCUUUCUUAUUUUAAUUAAGCACAAGCAACAAGAAGAAAUGCCGGUUGCGAAAUUGCAUUUAGCUUCUCUUAACCAUCUGACAUUUGACUUUGGCGAAGUAGCAAUGGUGAGGUGACAGCUUCAUUUAAACCGGUAAAUACAUCUUUGAAAAUAUGCAGUCAAGACUGACUCAGAGUUCUGAAGAAAACACUUUACCAGAGCAUGAAUCAUCUAAAAAAUCUCAAUCAUUUUUGUCUUCAGUUUUCAGUAGUCACAAUGCAUUUAGCAGAAAGAAUAUAUUUGCGACUUCAAAUGAAGAGAAACAAUGGAAGAAUGAAAAAAGCCAAGGAUUUCUUAGUUCUGUGAUAAGUUCAAAUACUACAGGACUUUUAACUGAUUUGUCAUCAAAAUUAGAAGCUGCUUUAAGUUUAAGUUUAGAUGCCUUAGAUUCUGAUUCUUCUUCAAGAAGUGAUGAAACAUCGCGUAAGAACUCUGCAAUUAAUGAGGAACUGUCCAAUAGUAGCUCCCAAGCAGAUAUUCGUCGAAUUAGUCUGCCUAUCACUAAAACUGAACAGCUAGCAAGGCAUCGUUACACUAAACGUAGGGGUACUAAACAUAAAGAUAGAUCUGUGUAUGGGCAGCCUGAAAUAAGUCCAUUUGAAAUAAAGCAAAAAUCUUGGAAAGAUCAUUCUCAGGAAUCUCUUGAUACAGUUGACAGUGGUCAGAGCUUAGGCAAUAGCAGUAGUUUAUCUGCUAGUGCUACUGAUUAUAGGACAUCCAGAAAUGAUCCUUUCUAUGUCUUCCGCCAUACUGAAUCUGUUGGCAUUGGCAGUGAAUCUGAUCCUUGUGGUCAGAGUACUAGUCUUGAUUCGUCCGAUGCAGAGUCAAUUCCAGAAGGCCGAGGAAUUGGUUUUGGAAGAUCUGGUUCUGGCAGUUCUCUCCAUUCUUGGGCUUCUAGUCCAAGUAAUGAUAGCCAGCCAGAUGAUGUUACCUUGGAUGCAAUGGAAUUCAUGAGGCACUUUGUAAAAAAAGUUUUUGUUGAUUGUUCUUCUAUAUCAUUUGAAGAAAAGGCAAAAUUUGGAGAGCUUUGUCGUCAUGAAAUUGGCAGGCUUUGGUUUGCUCGAUGUGUCAAUGGUCAGCGCGUCCAUAAUAAUUAGUCAGGGAAUCAACUUUCUAUAGCUUGGUACAGUAUUUUGCUAUCGUUUUAUUUUGAAUGUGCAGAAGCGGAUGAUUUUUCUCCAGCAAAAUCUAUAAUGAAUAUGUGUUUCACCUUUUAUCAUG